AUGUCAACCGCAAAGCCCGAAUUCGUCGAGGAGGAAUCCCACAUAACCCAAACACCAACCAAGAAGAGCUUCGGCGCACGUCUCGGUGCCCAUUUCAAGAAAUGGUGGUGGGUGCACUUGAUUAUAUUCAUCGCCUGUUUCCUCAUUAUCCUACUGCCGGUUGUCUACGUCGCUUAUCCCAAGAUCGCACAAGGUGCCGUCAACGACUCAACCCUCAGGAUCUCAGAGAUGAUCCUCAGCGACCCAACGCCCGAAUCCUUCCAUCUCGAGCAGAGACAGUUCCUCGGCUCGGAUAGUUCUUAUCAUCCCCAGAUCUACGCUUUCAAUUCCUCGGUCUCGUUGGCCGGAGCGGAUCCGUUCGCUUAUGUUACUGUCCCGCCCGUGAAGUCGAAGGACGGGGCGGAGAUUCACUUCGAGCAGGAUGUGUCUUUGGCUGAUGCUUCUGCGUUCGGGGAUUUUACUACCGCUGUCAUGUUGAACGAGGAGAUUUCCUUGAAUAUCUACGGAAGACCCGAUUUGAAACAGGGUGGUUUGCCGACGACUACGGUUACUUAUAACAAGACUGUUGUUAUGAAGGGCCUGAACCACCUCAAGGGCUUCACCGUGGAAAAGUUCUUCAUCAUGUACCCACCCGUCAACGGGUACGGGCUGAACGGCACUGUCAUCAUCCCCAAUGCCUCGGUCAUGACCAUUCCACUGGGCAACGUAACUCUGAAUCUCGAAAUAGCCGGCAAACCAGUGGGAACAACCUACCUGACCGACCUAACCCUCAAACCAGGCAACAACAGCGUGCCAAUGAUCGGCAAGGUCGACCAAGCCACCAUCAUCACCCUGCUCGCAUCAAAGUCCAGCCCUUAUAAAGAUGGUAUCAUGCCCUUCGACAUCACCGGAAACGCAACAUCAACAUACAACGGCAAGGAACUGCCGUACUUUAGCAAGGCGCUGGCUGCGAAUAAAUUGUCUAUCAAGCUGGAUGUUAAGUCUGCGUUGAGCGCGGCUGGUGUUAAUAUUUCCCUGUAG